GGGCUCUGUUUCCCGGCUCUAAUAUAAGCGGUCGACGAUUCUCUGUUGCACACGACCAUACCAACGAACUUUUAGGGCACCAAAAGCCCCCCACACGGCGGCGAUCGGCGGACGGCGACAACCGAGGGGUCGAGGAGUCACCAGCUUUUUGAAGAAAGGAACUGCCACUUUGCUACAGAAAGAACAAAUUUUAUUCUUCAAAUAAAAUGCAGGAAGAGGUUAACCGAUGCCAGAUUCAGGAGUGGUACCCGAAAUUCAAAUCCGUCUCCAUACAAACUUUGAUUCAUGAACUUCCAGAAUCCUUUGUCCAGUACCUUCUUGAUGAUUCUGGCCCCUUCCUUCUUCCUCUUUCUAUCUCAAACGAAGAUGCCCUGCCCAACAGAAUCCAUAAACCUGAAGAGGAAGAAGAUUAUGUAGUAUCCGAAGGAUCUGGAGAUGAAUCAGAACAAUCUUCACCACCCCCUUCUUUCCCAGAGCUUGAGAUGAAGAUUAAGGAAUCAAUUGGAUCCCUUGGUGGUGCUGUCUUCCCUAAGCUGAAUUGGAGUGCACCGAAAGACUCUGCCUGGAUUAGCUCAACUGGGACACUCCGAUGCACCUCAUUUAGCCAGAUUGCAUUGUUGCUAAAAUCAUCUGACUCUCUAGUCCACGAUCUCUGUCAUGCAUAUGAUGCAUGCACUGAUAAUACCAUAUCGAGACCCUCAAAUUUCUUCCUUGCUCUUCGGAAGUGGUACCCAUCCCUCCGGCCAGAGAUGGAAUUCCGUUGCUUUGUACGACGUCAGCUUUUAAUUGGAAUCUCCCAACGUGAGGUCACUGGAUUUUAUCCUGCCCUUCUUGAGAAGAAAAACGAUCUGGAAAUAGUAAUCGCACAAUUUUUUAUGGAAAAUGUGAGGCUGAGAUUUAAAUCGGAAAACUACACCUUUGAUGUAUAUGUUACAAAGGAUGGACGGGUCAAGCUUUUGGAUUUCAACCCUUGGGGUUUAUUUACAUUGCCACUGCUAUUUACUUGGGAAGAAUUGGAGCAGAAUUUCAAGGAAGAGGAGAAUGAUUUGGAGUUCAGAAUUGUGGAGAGCCAAUGUCCAAUACGGCCUGGAUUGAAGACUGCAGUCCCUUACGAUUAUUUGGAUACAAGUCUAGGGAGUGGUUGGGAUCAAAUCUUUAGGAAUGCUGAGGAGGAGUUGCGACGACAAUCUAAAUCUCCUGAAGCAGGUGCUUAAGGAUUUCUUCAUCCUGAGUCUUGAGCUUGCCUCUGAUCUUUUUUAACAUGUUAAGGCGGUGUAUCUUUGUUGUCUCAAGCAUCAAAGUGCUUUCAGCUGGAAUAAGAAAAUGGGUUUCUAUUCCACAGAAAGGGUGCAAAGAGGACAAGAGGUUCAACUGAGCAAUUGAGGCAAUUCUCAAACAAUCCGAAACGCAGUUUUAUAUGCAUCAAUUACACAAUACUAAGCUGCAGUAGCUAUACUAGUAGUUUUUGCACUGGAAUUACACAAGUAAUAAACGUGGUCUAAACUCAAAUGGGGCAGACAUUGGCCGCCGUCUCUUAGUUUUGAUCUGAUGUGGAGUUCUUUUUAUAGAUUCUGGUUCUUGUUGGAUGUGUACUGCAUCUUCUCAUUAAAGAAUUCUCUGAUCCUUUCUCUCU